AUGGAGCAGAAUAAGGCUCGGGAUUCGCCGAAAGAGCCGUCCUCUCAUCACACGGAGAUGCUGCUGGCUUUACUCACGCAAAGAGAGGAGUUACGGAAAGAUAUUCCAGUUUGCGCGGGCUGUAACCAGCACAUAGUCGAUCGUUUUAUCCUGAAGGUUUUGGAUCGACACUGGCACAGCAAGUGCCUGAAAUGCAGCGACUGUCAGUCUCAGCUGGCCGACAAAUGCUUCAGUCGGGGCGACAGCGUCUACUGCAAAGACGACUUCUUCAAGAGAUUCGGGACCAAGUGCGCCGCGUGCCAGCAAGGCAUCCCGCCGACACAGGUGGUCCGGAGGGCGCAGGACUUCGUGUAUCACCUGCACUGCUUCGCCUGCAUCGUAUGUAAGAGGCAGCUGGCCACGGGAGACGAGUAUUACCUGAUGGAGGACAGUCGACUGGUGUGCAAAGCCGAUUAUGAGACCGCCAAACAGAGAGAGGCGGAUUCGACAGCUAAACGGCCGCGCACGACAAUCACCGCCAAACAGCUGGAGACGCUGAAGAACGCGUAUAAUAACUCACCGAAACCCGCGCGCCACGUGCGGGAGCAGCUGUCGUCGGAGACCGGGCUCGACAUGCGGGUGGUGCAGGUCUGGUUUCAAAACAGAAGAGCAAAAGAGAAAAGACUGAAAAAAGACGCAGGCAGACAGAGAUGGGGACAGUACUUCAGAAACAUGAAGAGGUCGCGCGGGAGCUCCAAAUCAGAUAAAGACAGCACUCAAGAGGAGGGCAUGGACAGCGAUGCUGAGGUCUCUUUCACAGAUGAGCCGCCCAUGUCCGAGCUGGGUCACUCCAAUGGCAUUUACAGCAGUCUGAGCGAAAGCUCUCCGGCUCUGAGUCGUCAGGGUGGAGGUCAUCCACCCUUCCCGCUGGAGCACGGUGCCAUCAUCCCCUCGCAGGAGCAAUACCACGACAUCCAGGCCAGCAGCCCCUACAGCCUCCCGCAGUCUCCGGGCUCACUACAAGCCCUUCCCAGACACCAGCCCCUCAUCUCCAGCCUGGUCUACCCAGAGUCCGGCCUGCCCAUGGUGGGUCAGAGCGGAGGCCAGAACAUGACUCCCGGAGUUCGUAUGAUUGCCGGGGGGAAUGGGCCGAGCUCUGAUUUGUCCACGGGAAGCAGCGGUGGGUACCCGGACUUCCCUGCGAGCCCAGCGUCCUGGUUGGAUGAAGUGGAUCAUGCCCAGUUCUGAUAGUUUUGAAGAUGCAAAUUUGGAAAGAGACUCGGAGCAGAUCUCCAACAGUGGACAAGGAUUACAAAGCGAAUUAAGCUCGUAUCUUCUAUAAAAAUUGGUUA